GAAGAAGAAGAAGAAACUAAAGGAAACCGUACAUUGUUGUCAUCAGUCAACCAACCUGCUCAAGUCAAACUAAUGCUUUAAAAGGUUGUUAAACACAACAUGGGAGGCAAGAACAAACAGCGAACGAAAGGAAACGUUCGGCCGUCCAGCAGCGGCCGGGCCGCCGAGCUGCUGGCCCGGGAGAGCGGCAGCGUACCGGUGUUCGUCGGUUUCGGCUCCUCGGUGACGUCAGAGCCAGGCUACGUGCCCGCUGUCCACGGCGCCGACGAGGUGGACAGCCUGGUGGACGCUGAUUUCCGCCUGGUCCUCAGAAAACUCUCCAAGAGGGAUGCUGUCACCAGGCUGAAGGCUGUACAGGAGUUUGGUUCUAUGUGUCAGGAACGAGAGGCUGAGGUGGUUAAAGGGGUCCUCCCAUACUGGCCGAGGAUUUAUUGCAAAAUUUCAGUGGAUCAUGAUCGGCGUGUGAGGGAAGCUACUCAACAAGCGUUUGAACAACUGGUGCUGAAAGUGCGUCGUAACUUGGCCCCCUUUCUGAAGAGCCUGAUGGGCCACUGGCUGCUGGCCCAGUGUGACACGUACACCCCUGCAGCCUCUGCUGCAAGCCAGGCCUUCCACGCUGCUUUUCCCCCGAGCAAACAGCCCGAAGCCCUCAGCUUCUGCAAGGAUGAGAUUCUCAAUGUACUCCAACACACUUUGCUGAAAGAAACUGCAGACACACUGAGUGAUCCACAAAGUGUGGCAGAAGAGGAGAGAGAGGCCAAGUAUCUCCGCGUGGUGACCAGCUCACUGUUGGGGGUUAAGAGACUGCUUUUCUUGUUGCCCCAGACAGACAGGAAGGGGCUGGAGGCAAGACUGACUCAUCUUAUCACACCAGCCAAUUUCUGGAAAUAUGGCAAACAUAAGACGCCACAGGUACGUGGAGCAUUUUUCGAGUUGGUGUCCGCCCUGUGUGAGUACACGCCGGUUCUGGUCCAGACGGAAGCAGCACGAGCCUGUCCUGCUGUCCUCCUCAGCAUUGAUGACACAGAUCCUUUGGUGCUGCCACCACUUUGGGAAGCCGUUCUUCACAUCGUGUCGACCUUGCCUGACUGCUGGACACAUGUUAAUGCCAAGAAGGGCUUUCUACCUAAGCUAUGGGUUCUUCUAAAGGAAGGCGGAAAGGGCAUGGCUACAGCUCUCCAUCCCAACCUGAUGCCAUUCAUCAGCAAACUGCCCCCCGGGGUGACUGAGCCGGAACUUGAUUUCAACUCCACCUUCUUCACUUCACUCAUACAAGGUCUGUCAAGUGAGCGUGCCAUGGCGAGUCCAUCUGAGAGUGCGGCGGUAGUGACUGCUGCUGUGGAGUGUUUGAGGUACAGCAUACUCCACGUCACGGGAGAGGAGGAGGAGCAAAGGCACUUACGGGCCAUGCUCAUUUCACAUCAGCUCUUACCAUUGCUGGACAGGGCUCUUGGCAGCCCUUUGCUCCAGAAUGGUCCUCUGUUCCUACUGGUGACUGAAAUGCUCGUCUCCUGGGAGAAGAGGAUAGGCUUACAUGGCGAGGCCAGGUCUGAUGAAAGUGAGGAUGUCUUCUCUAGGCUUCUGAUGAGCUUCUGGGAGGAGCUUAGUCUUUUGUUUCUUCGUUACACCGACAAUGAAGAAACCGAUCCAAAGGCUUUGGAAGGUGUGGCCACCUUGUUCCGGGUAAUGCGCUACCCAGAGAGCGUAGCAAGAAAGCAGGGCCACAAGAAGAAAUCUGUAAAGAUCUGUUACUCAGAGCUUGACGGACAAGAGAAGAAGGGAGCCGAGGGGGACGGCGAUGAGAAGCCCGUGCUGCCGGUGUCCGAUCCCGGACACGAGAGGGCAGCUGUGUUCGUGAAGUCCUGGGAGCUGGAGGAGGUGGUGUGCCAGCAGGCGCAGAUUUGUCUGUUUUAUGGGCAUGACAAGAAGUCAGAGAGGCAUCUUACCUUACUCUCCCUCCUCCUGCAGUCCUUCCACACGCCCAGGGUCUUCACGAUGCUGAUGAAACCGUAUGAUGAAACGCAGGAAGAGGAUGAGCGGAAGGAAGAGGCGGACAACUUGAAGAAUCCGGCAGUGCGUUUCCUGCUGGAGCGGGUGCUGGUGUGGCUGGCUGAGGAGGGGCGCAGCGACACCGGUCACCUGGUAGAGAUGGUCUUCAGCUCGCUCCACUGCUGCAGCAGGCAGGAGACCAUUCGAAUCCUCAACCAUAUCACCACGAUGGACCUACAGUGGGGAAUUAUCCUACAAAUUAUACAAAGGGCAUGUGCGGACUCUGACAGCCGGCAGAACUGUAGUGAUUGGUUGAAAGGUUCAGUGUUGGGUGAACGGCUGCUUGGAUUGGCUGAGGAACUGUGUAAGGUGGGAGGAAGUCGUUCCGGUUCUGUCCCCCCCAAAAGCCCCCAUAGCUGGCCUCUGAUCAGCUUGGUCCUGUCUCAGUAUCAUAACAAUGAGCCUCUGAUAGGGGAGGUAUACUUGGAGAAGAUUCUGGAGAAGCUUCAUGCCACUCUGUCAGAGACGAAGGGUCUGUCGGAUGCAGGCAAUGUGGAGCCCCUGGUGUCUUUCAUCUGCGAUGUGGCUGCCACGUUCUUCUCAUCGGUGCAAGAUUGCCUCUUGCUCGCCUCCGCUGAGGAACUUUUGCUCACCGUCUUCCAGCUCACUGCUCAGGAUCAGCUGCACACACAUCUGUCCGACUCCCUCCUUGGAAAACUGCGGAAAGUGUGUGUGGCUGGGGUCCUGGCGUUAGUUCAACACACUGGGUACGAGGUCAGGGAGGAUGGCUUCCUGUACAGCGCAGCACUCUGGAUAAAGAACCAGCUUUUCACUGCUUCUCUGGACGUCAAGAGUUUACAGGUCUUAGUUCUGGCUGCACAGAGUCUCGUCGAGACACUCAAUUCUAACUGCCGUCAAGACUCCCCCCUCCUUGUCCAGUUUCUCUUCCUCCUGACUCCCAGCCAAGCAGAGUGGACUAAAAUCAGACAGAUGUUACCCCCUCAGUGGGUGAAGCGCCCCUUACUCAGUGGCCGUCUACGAGUGGUUUGUGAUUAUCCCUGCAUGGAUGUGUGGAAGUGUAAUGCCUCAACCAGAUUGCCUACCCACCUUUGUGCCUGCGCGCUGUUGGGGCGAUUGGUUGGCACUGCUGUAGUUUUGCCAAAAGACCAACAGGAGGCAGACUCCUCAUAUCUGACAAAUCUCAAGCACACAGCUGUAGAGCUGCUGUAUGCCAUACAGUGGUGUGAGGAGAUGGCGUGCACGUCUCCUGUAGUGACUGCCUACUGCAGCCUGCUGACUGACUGGGAGCUUUCAAAGGGACUCGCUCACAGUCUGGUUCCAGUCAAGGACCUGCUGGAGACCCUCUACACAAGGUCCAUGGAGGAUGGAGGGCUAUGGUCACUGACCCUAGAUAACUUCAUAAGGACCAACAACUUGGCAGUCACUGAUAAAGCUACCAUAAGGAAGCUCUACAAAAGCUCAGAAAGUCUAUUCCCAGUGUCUCAGAGCAGACUGAGCACGCUGCAAGUGCUUUGCCCCACCAUGACCAAAGAGGAUAGAGAGACUCUCACAGCUCUCGCCAUUGCUGGAAUAAUCAACUGGCAAGAGGACGAUAGUGUAUAUGGGUGUCUGGCAGUACUGCUCUGCUGUCUGGAAGUUGACACACCAGUACAGGAUGAGGUUCUGCACACUACGCUGGUGGCCAUGAUGGAGUGGAGAAACAGCAAAGAGGAUUGGUUCCUCUUUAGCAGUGACCUAUCCAAAGCAUCUGCAGCCCAGCUGGUUCUCACUGUGGAGAUGUUGCGUUUCCUGUCUUGGCUGGGGACUCAUUCUCCCACUGUUCUUGGGGGCAGCCAUUGGGACUUCCUGCUUUGCUCAAUGCUGGCGUGGCUGGAGACUGCCAGUGAGAAUGUGAGCAGUCUGUGGAACCCUUGGGUGCAGCUGUUUGUGUGUGAGGAGGCGGCGCUGAUAGUGAAGCUGAACCAGUUCUUCACGUCCCCAGACCCUGGAGUUCUUGACAAACUGCCUCCAGAGCUGACUACUGAAUGGACUGACUUCUUUGUAGAGGGAAUCUACAGUCUGCUGCUGCCCCUGCCUGUCAAAAUCACAGAGGCCUUCACUGAGCCGGAUGACCCACUCUUCCCAUUGGCUGUGCUGCAGUCUGUGGGUGUGGCUCUGACGUAUGCGCCCGUGCAGCAGCUGAAACAGAACUCCCUGCCGGCUCGAUUCGUAGUGGACCAGAAGACCAGCCUGCCGGAAAACCUCCAGACUCUCCUCAACACUCUCUGUCCCCUGCUCUUGUUCAAGGCCAGGCCGCUGCAGAUCGCCAUCUAUCAUUUACUGGACAAGAUAAUGCCCCAUCUGCCAGAAUGUGAUGGAGAAGGAGACAACAGCAAGUCAGAAGAUGACGCAGAGGAGCCAUGCUUGUCCCCCCCGGCACCUCUGAUGUCUGUGCUGUCGGCCUCCGAGGAGCUGUGCGAGAGCAUCCUGGCCAGUGUCCAGGUCGGGGAGUUCGCUGUGGUCCAGCCUCUCAGCACGGAGUACUCCUGCAUCCUGGGAUACCUGCUGGCCUGGAAACUCCUCCUCACUUUCUUCAAAUCCUCCCCCUCUCACCUGCGUGUCCAGUAUUCCCUUCACCUGAAGAGAAGCCGCUCUCUUCACAAGCUUCUCCUCCACCUCUUUAAAUUGAUGCCUGAGAACCCUGUCUACCCUGGCCAGGGGCAGGAGACCAAAGAGACCAAGACCUUUUUCACAGAGUCCCUGUGUCUAGCUGUGGACAAGAGUGAGGGUGUUCAGUGGGAGCUCCUCCACCUGGCCUGCAGCGUGUACUACAGCGCAGUGCAGGACGUGCCUGCCAUGGUGCGGCUGUGGUGGAACAGCCAGGAGAAGAGAGUGUGUGCGGCGGUUGAGAAGUUCACCAUUAAAUACGUCAGUCCAGUACUGUCGGCCCAGGAGAUCUCAUCCGUCCAUUCCAGCACCCAGACAUUCGACGGCAUGAUAGUGAAGGCUCGCUCAGCAGCCAGGGAAGUGAUCGCCACCUACUCGGUGGAUGACAUCUUCAUUGAGCUGGUGAUCCAACUGCCGCAGAAUCACCCGCUGGGCUCCAUCAUGGUGGAGAGCGGGAGGAGGGUGGGCGUGGCCGUACAGCAGUGGAGGAACUGGAUGCUGCAACUCAGCACCUACCUAACACACCAGAAUGGCAGUAUAAUGGAGGGCCUGGCUCUGUGGAAGAACAACGUGGACAAGCGUUUUGAGGGCAUAGAGGACUGCAUGAUCUGCUUUUCUGUUAUCCACGGCUCCAACUACUCUCUGCCCAAGAAGGCCUGCCGCACCUGCAAGAAAAAGUUCCAUUCAGCGUGUUUGUAUAAGUGGUUCACCUCCAGCAACAAGUCCACCUGUCCACUGUGCAGAGAAACCUUCUUCUAAUAUGUAUAGAACCUUGCUUGCCGACCACAGCCCAGAGGUGGACCGAUGAAAUGUACCACUGAAGGCCCACAAGCACUCAGUGACAAACGGGUCAGGACUGUGAUGUCCCGAGGAAGAAGGGAAGCAAGGCUCUGCCACAGAGGAUACUAAGAGAAGAAGCACGUGUGGAUAUGAAGGUCUACAUUAAGGUGUAAUUUGACUAUCACUCAAAGAUGUAAUGGACAGUUACCCGGCUUGGUUUGCACUCUGUCCUCUUUCUUUUCUGUUAAUAAAAUGCCAAAUUUAA